UUUGGAUAAGCUAACAAUCUAAUAAUCUUAGCGUAAAUGGCGAACAAUUCAAGACUUCAAACGGAGUUCGCUGGGAGCCGUCAAGCGGCUCGGUCACUCGUCUGUUUCGUCGUAGAGGACUCCUAUCCCAAUACCCCAAUAUAAUAGAAAACUUCAAAAACACCUUGGAAGCGGGAUCCAUCACUUCAUCCAGAUCAAAGAGAGAACAUUUGAAUGAUGGGAGGCGUUAAAGUGCUCCAGUGUGUUCGGAAUUUCUGUACUAAAGCUCCAAAAGCACGAAUUUGUAUUGUGGGAGCUGGACCUGCUGGUUUUUAUGCUGCACAGCAGUUAUUAAAGACAGCUAACGAUGUGGAAGUGGAUGUUAUAGAGCGUUUACCCGUUCCCUUCGGUCUGGUUCGAUUUGGAGUCGCUCCAGACCAUCCAGAAGUAAAAAAUGUCAUCAACACCUUUAAAAAAACCGCCAAGAAUCCUCGGCUUAAGUUUCUCGGAAAUGUUAACGUGGGGAAGGACCUGACUAUUACGGAAUUGAGGAGCAAUUACCAUGCAGUUUUAUUAACUUAUGGAGCUGAAGAGGACAGAAUAUUGGGAAUUCCAGGAGAAAAAUUAUCCAACGUAAUUUCUGGACGACAAUUCGUCGGCUGGUACAACGGAGUUCCGUCGGAUAGCGGUUUGGAAAUUAAUUUAAACGUCGAAGAGGCUGUUAUUCUGGGCCAGGGGAAUGUAGCUGUUGAUAUUGCGAGGAUUUUAUUAACUCCUGUCGACGAGUUGAAAAAAACAGAUAUAACUUGCCAUGCCUUAGAUCAUCUCUCUGUCAGUAAAAUCCGACGUGUAUGGAUGGUCGGCCGACGUGGGCCCCUUCAGGCAGCCUUCACCAUAGCAGAACUUCGAGAAAUGACGAAAUUAAAAAACUGCAGUACAAUCUGGCGUCCGGAGGACUUCACGGGAGUCGCAGAUGUUGUCCCAACGCUUGUACGACCAAGAAAACGACUCACUGAGUUGAUGUUAAAAAAUCUCUCAGAGCGAAUGCAUCCGGAAAACUCCAAUUCUAAACAAUUUCUUCCAAUUUUUCGUAGAGGGCCCAAGGAGAUUAUUGGUUCAACUUCAGUAGAGAAAAUUAAACUGUCUGUGAAUAAACUAGAGGGUGAGGACAUUCUUGAUCAGAAAGCUGUGGCCACGAACGAAUCUGAGGAAAUUCCCUGUGGUCUAGUGCUUCGAAGUAUCGGAUAUAAAUCAGUCCCGAUCGAACCGUCAGUACCCUUCGAUCCCCAACGAGGAAGAGUCGUCAAUUCCUCUGGGAAAAUUGGGGACAACCUCUACGCAGCCGGAUGGGUCGCUACUGGACCUGUCGGCGUCAUCCUUUCGACCAUGACGAAUGCCUUCAAUGUCGCGAGUUUAAUUCUCGAAGAAUUGAAGCCAACACAGUCGAAGCCAGGAUCAGAGGAAAUUAUGAAAAUCCUCAAGAGCAGGAAUAUUCGCCCUGUGUCGUAUCAAGAGUGGGAGAAAAUCGAUAAUGUCGAACAGGAGAGAGGAAAAGUAAAGGGAAAGCCUCGAGAAAAAAUUGUUGACGUAAAUGAAAUGCUAGAAAUCGCCUUUAGCUAGGAAAUUUUUAUUUAACCUGUUGCACUCAAUAUUUUUUCAACGGACAAACAGCUUUUUUACGAAUAAAUGGGUGCGAAUUUCA